GUCGCUGUAUUCCUCCAAAUAAAUUUGGGGACGGAGAAUAACAGAAAUAAAUUUUAUAUAGUGUAGUAUUUUUAAACACUUUCUCACUGACCCCCUUGGUGUCUAUUAAAACAACCGUGCUUCACAAUUCACACUAUAUUGUGUCGUCCAAUAUUUCGUGCCAAACUUAAACUCAAACAAUUGUAAGGAAAAAAAAUAGAAAUAAAAAUAGAAAAAAGGAGGAAAAUAAUUGUUUUGUGAAAUAUUGCGUUAAAGGGUAACCUGUGACCAGUACGUGCAGCCCUUACUGCUAGUUUGUCACCCUGUGCACACACACUAGUUACGUAACUUUUAAAGUGCUGAGUGUGAACACUCUAACCACAAUUCUGAGACCGAUCGUGCCAGUAGCACAAACAACUCACCAGACGUGAGUUUGAAAGAUCAAAGAUCAAAAAUGCCGACUCCAGCCUCCGCUGGUUCCACCGAUUUUGCUGAGAGAUAAAAGAGGUUCAUGUGCAGAUUUCUCUAAAAACAGUUUAAUACAAAUAAAAAUCACACUCACAAACGUUGGCUUGUACACUGCAAAUAGUAAAUCUUUUAGCGUCCCAAAUGUCCACUCUGACUCCUCGGCGUCCCUGAGAGUCUCGUGUUGCUUUGAAGUGGGCGCUUCUGCACAAAUGAGCUGUAUCCCGCUUACGCGUUUUGCCUUUGCUGGCUUCUCCCUCCCCAAAUUUAUUUGGAGGAAUACAGCGACUUUUCAUUUGGAAGAAUUUUCUAACAGGUGGAGGAGAACCUGAGUUGACGCUGGACUUUUGGGAGUGAUCCAAGCUUCCUCGGAAUCGAACUAUAUUUGGACUUUAUCAAAAAAAACUUGCCAAAAGGUGAAUUUUGCCUUUAAUUUCUUACCAAUACGUGGUGUGAGCUGCAACGGAGAUAUUACUAAACAGAGAAUGGUUUCUCUGUUUAAAGGAGUUUGUUGUCUGGCCCUGGAAGGUUUAAUGUUCUUGAAGGAACAUGGUCCUUGUGCAUGUUGGAGCUCCCUUUCCACAGAAAAACUGUCCUGUGGAAAAGUACUCAAUUGUAGUGAAGUGUUAGUAAGGUCUCUCAGAACAGGGCACAGAAUAGGAAGGUUACCUGUCUCAGUUAGGAACUCCAAGAGGGGCUGGUGGGUUCCUGACACUGCAAGGAGAAACUGAAGUGAUUGAGGCGCUGCUAGAGGCAGGUGAGACGGGCCAGAGGCAGGUGAGACGGGCCAGAGGCAGGUGAGACAGGCCAGAAGGUGAGAGUGAGACAGGCCAGAAGGUGAGAUAGGCCAGAGGCAGGUGAGCUGGUAUCCCUGGAGGUGACAGUCAGAAGGGCUUAGUGUAGAAGCCACUAGUGUAGAAGCCACCCAGCAUGGUGAGAACCUUUAGAGUGGGGAAAAAGUCUUGAAUGUGUGUUGUUGAAAAGCUGUUAAACUGUGUUCCUGUGACUUUAUGUUGGGAAGAGUUUGGCAAAAUAAAGCUUUGUUUCCUAGUCACCCAUGGCAGCCAUUCACCAAUGGGUUAAAUCCACUCACCAGGCCAAUGGACAGGAUCCUCCCCAAGCAAUUAAAAGCGCCCGCCCCCUUAUACUCACUGUCUUUUUUUCCUGUCCACGGGCUGAUGGUGCAGGUGGAUGAUUCCCAGCAGUAAGGGGGCUCUCUGCUCUCUCUCUCGGUUCCCCCUUACAGUUGCUGAAGUCCCAGUAGCUCCCCCUGAGUUGGGGUUAGCAAGGGAGGGACCAGGCGUUUGCGUGGAGGCAUCCUGUGUCCAGCCGUACCUCCCGUAGUAUGCGGGUUAGGGAGGUGAAGGAGGUGUGGCGCCGAAACCGGAAGUGACGUCACAACUACCGCAAGAGUUUCCUACACUAGGCUGGAUGCGGAGCGCCGUAUGGGCGGAAGUACCUCAGGCGCCAUUUUGGAAUCUGGCAGCAUGGCGAACCGGAAGUGGGGUUUUCGCGCCUGAGAUGCGCCAAACAGUAUUUUAGUGCGUUCAGGUAGGCAGGGAUGCCUUUCUUUAAAAAGUUUCUUUGCUACUUGUGACACUGGGUCCUGCAGGAGCCUGUUUAUUCUGCUGAUACAGGUAUGUGCAGUAGUAUUAUGCUGCCAGGAUAUUUUUGUUUGUCUAGGAGAUAGACUAAAAGUUUGUUUUUAUGCAGCACCUCUAUGGAGUCGGGAAUGCCGGGCAAACCACCUCACCCCAAAGGGAAAAGCCUUCCUGCCACUGAGAAGAAAGACAAAACGCCAGAAAAGGCUACGUCAGUUCAAGCUCCAGGAGAACCAGGAGUGUCAGCUUCUCUUGAAAAUCAAGCUUUUGCUGAAUCUUUGGCUGCGGUCAUUAAGCAAGCGGUGGUGCAAGGUUUUCAGGAAGUAGCAACUUCUAAAAAGAGGGCAAGACAUGGUUACUCCAGACAAAUAGAUUCCCUUUCUGAGGUUUCGGAGGGAGAACUUUCGGAAGAUUCAGAAUUAGAUUCUCCUUUAGGUUCGGAAGAAGGGGAGAUUGACAUGGAGGAGGACUCCAAUUUUGAUCUGGCAGUGAUCGAGCCUCUGAUAAAAGCAGUUAGGCAGACGCUGACCUUCCCCAUGGAACCUGCCAAAUUAUCUUCAGCUGAUAAGUUGUUCCCGUCUCUGAAGAAGAGGUCGGUAUGCUUUCCAGUUCACGCCUCAAUUAAAGAUAUUAUUAUGGCAGAAUGGAAAAAAACAGAAAAAAGACCUCAGACUGCAGGAAAAUUUCUUAAGAAAUAUCCAUUUGCAGAAGAGGAUUCGAAAUUUUGGGAUUCAUCCCCUAAGGUGGAUGCAGCGGUUGUGAGACUGGCAAGAAAGACCACCUUACCGGUGGAUGAUGCGGCAGCUUUCAGAGAACCGAUGGAGAAAAAGAUUGAAUUUAAUCUUAAAAAAUCUUUUGGAGCAGCAGGGGCAGCCUGUAGACCGGCAGUGGCGCUCACUUCAGUUUCGCGAGCCUUAAAAGUGUGGCUAGCUGAGGUAGAAGAAGCAAUCUCGUCUAAUGUAAAAAGACCUAAAGUGUUGGAAAUGCUGGCUGACUGUAAGUUGGCGGUUGAUUUUAUGUCAGAAGCUUCUAUUGAUCUAGUCCACUUUAUGGCAAGAUCUAUGGCACUGUCGGUGGCAGCAAGGAGAGCGUUGUGGCUUAAACCUUGGGCAGCAGAUGCAGCCUCGAAAUCCAACUUAUGCCAACUACCAUUUGAGGGAGAAAUGUUGUUUGGAGAGAGAUUGGAUACAAUCAUCAAGAAAGUAUCUGGAGGAAAAAGUGUAUUCCUUCCUCAGGAAGGAAGAAACAAAAGGAUGAGGUUUGAUACAUCUUUUCACAGAGAGAAGGAGAGAUCAUUUAGAACAUCCAAACAAUAUAAGCCAGGGAAAGAAUUUAACAGACAGUCGUCCUGGAGAUCGGGCCGUCAAAGCUCAAGAGGCAAUUUCAGGAGAUCGAGAGGUUUCUCCACCUCAGGCUCAACGGCUCAGCAGCAAUGA